AGCUGUCAUAGUGCUGUCAUCGUAAUUCAGAAAUCAGAAGAAAUUGUUAGAAUUUUUUUUUGUGAAAUGAUAAAUAAAUUAUAUGUUUUAUAAUAGUUAUCCCAAAUAAUGAAUAACAUUGAAUUGGAUAUUUGGAGAGGUGAAUGGGGUCUCGCUUCAAUAGACUUGGAAUGUCUUAGAGUUUUAACGUAUAUGAAAUUUAUUGGCGUCCCAGUUCGUGUUCGUGAAGUGAGCAAUCCAUUUUUUACACCAAAAGGGACAUUGCCUGUUAUGAGGGAUGGCAGAAAGGUGCUGACGAACUUUGAAGAAGUUGUAGAUUAUUUAAAAUCAUUGCAUUAUAGUACAGAUGUUCACUUAAACACGAAACAGGCAGCUGAGGCUAGUGCAUUUACACAGUUUAUUAGAGAAAAACUGUACCCUGCUUAUCAAUUUGCCUGGUGGGUCGAUGAGAAAAACUAUGCAGAUCUUACAAGACCAGCGUAUGCCAGAGCUUUACAGAUACCGUUUAAUUUCUACUACCCAUCUAAAUAUCAGAAUGCUGCUAAAGAAAUGAUUGAUGCAUUAUAUGGAGAGCAUGCAGAUUUGAAGGAAGUUGAGAAAACUAUAUACAGUGAAGCAGAGAAGUUCCUGAAGGCACUCUCAGAUAGGCUCGGUGAGAGCGAAUACUUCUUUGGCAACCGUCCCUCGUCGUUCGACGCCACCGUGUUCGCGUAUCUCGCGCCGCUGUACAAGGCGCCCUUCCCCAAUGCCACGCUGGCUAACCAUGUAAAAGGCAUUGCUAACCUCACCAGAUUUGUUGCAAGGAUCAAUCAGAAGAAUUUUAGACAUGUUACCGAUGAAUACAACAGGAAAAAUGCGAAAAAGCAGUCAACAGGCACACAGUCAGAGAGAGAAGCAGCCAACUUCCCGAACCAAACUCGUAAUAAAGUGUUAGCAGCAAUUUUUGCAGCUAUUGCCAUGACUGGUUAUGCAGUCGCAAAUGGAAUGUUCCAUGAUUUCAAAGACUUUGACCACUCGCACGACUACAACGAGAUGUUUGAGAAUGAAGAGGACGACAACUGAUAGCGCGCUUGCGCGCUCGCUGGAUGCACGCACACAUGGAUGGCAUGCUACCAUAGACUUAUAGAUCAGUGACAGUUGCAGUUUUGAUAUUGACAUUGACGCUAAAGGCCAAGUCUAAAAUUAUUAAAGUUUUAAUGUAGACAUUUCAUGAUUAUGAACGAAAUUAUACGACGUACAGAUUGAACUACAAAUCAGUUAUAGAAAAAGAGAAAUUAUCGCUUAACAUUUUUUAAAUUGUCUAUUUUGUUUUAUUUAACAACAAUACCAUAAAUAUGUAUUUGUGCGAUUUCAUUAGUCAAUUCAAUUCAAUACAAUUCCUUUAGACAGAUAAAUCUGUAAAGGCUGUGAGCUUUCCUAUCAAAUUUAGUUUUAGUUUUAUCCAUAAAUGAUGAAAUCUUGUAAGAGAUUGGAAGUUUCUUAUUUCCAUUGAUAAUUAAUUGUCAUCAAAUGUGUUCAGUGUGAUGUUUUAUUGUUCCUAGUUGAAACAAAUAAUUAAAUAUUAAAAAUUAUUUAAAACAACUCAACAUUUCAGGUAUUUUAACUUUUUAUAUUAUAUUUAAUAAAAUUGCAACCUUUAAAGACAUUUAAGUUACUUAAAUUAAUAUGUAUAUAUAUUUAACAUUUAUCACUAUAAUUUUUGGAAAAGUCACGAAAAAUUUUGGUAAAAAUUCUUUAUAAUAAAUGAAUGUAGAUUCUUAUAACUGCCGCUUUAUAUACUUAUUUAUUGAGAGGGUUAGAUAUUAGUUAUUUGGAAUAUUGUUGCAUUUAUCGUACAUUCUAUCGUAUUUCUUUUUGUAAAUUUGCAAACAGUCACAAAAUAUAUUUGAAAUAUAAAUUUUUA